CUUCUUACUUCUCAGAUCCUUGUGAUUCCUUUGAUUUGAGUUGGUUUAGAUGACACAUGCACGGCCAACCUGCCACAUAAACAUGGUUGAACACCCAGCUUAUGUCAUCAUGACAAUUGGGCUAAUCCAAAGAACACCCAGAGUUGUCUUGUGAUGUGGAAAACCCACAAAACACUACCCUUAAAUACGUACUUAAUUUUUGCAGCUUUAACUAAACCAGCCCACCCUCCUUCCCUUCCUCCUCCGAGAUUGGUUACAUAAUAGAUGAGACCACCCCCACAGAGACAAGGGAAGACACAUAGAGAGGGAAAAGAGAUGACAACGGCCGCAUGGAAAGCUAUCUUUGCAAUGGUAUUAGCAUCCGUUCUUCUGGUCGAUGCUGACGAUGCACACGUUAAGUUUGGAUAUAGUGGAUCAAUUGGCCCUGAAAAAUGGGCAAGCUUGAGCCCUGGCUAUCAGAUGUGCUCGAAAGGAGAACGCCAAUCUCCGGUCAACAUCGAUAAGAGCAAAUUGGCUUAUAACCCGGGUUUGGCAGCUCUGGAGAGGAAUUAUGUUCCUGCAAAUGCCACCCUUGUUAACAAGGGCUACCAAAUUGCGCUCCUAUUUGAUAAAAAUGUGGGGACUCUGGUGGUAGAUGGAAAGAACUAUAGCCUGAAAUCUGUGCAUUGGCAUUCACCUUCUGAGCACACCAUCAAUGGCAAACGAUUCGCCGUGGAGCUUCACAUGGUCCACAUGAGCGACAAUGGUAGGAUUGCUGUGGUGGCAAUCCUGUAUCAGAUCGGCCGACGUGAUCCUUUUGUUGUCCAGAUAGAGAGGAAGCUGAAGGAAUUGGCUGAGGAGGCUUGCAAAGGAGAUGAGGAGGCAUACGUUCCGGUUGGAGUUGUGCAUACAAGGUCCUUAAAACGCCACAGCAGCAAGUACUUCAGAUAUUCUGGAUCCCUCACCACACCACCAUGCACUGAGAAUGUCAUCUGGAGCAUCCUUGGCAAGGUGAGAGAGAUGGCCGAGGAACAAUUAGCUGCACUGCAAGCACCUUUGAGUCAGGAGAAUCGAAACAAUGCGAGACCCACGCAGCCAUUGAAUUACAGGGCUGUGCAGCUCUAUCAUGAGUCAAGAAAACAUGAUGAAUACUCUCGCUAAUCGUAUGAUGAUUAUGAUGUUGUGAGACAUAACAUGCAUCGAUCAUUAGACAUGCAGGUAUACUAUAUUGGCGUCGAUUGGGAUGUUCUUAAGAGGAUUAGUUUAUUGUUGGAAUGAUGCGCAAGAGUUUGAACCAUUUUGAUCCCAAAUGGAUUAAUAGCUCUAGAUCUGUAACUUUUUUGCUGUCACCAAUAAAAUAAAGCCUUGAGCGUGCCUCUGAGGAUUUGUUUC